AUGAUGGUAGUCACUCUUGCUCAUUACUCAGCAUUUAGUUCUCCUUUGCGGCCUGGAACUUCAACGUCCGAAAUUCAAAGAAAUGCUUGGAUACGAGUGCUCUUCUCACAAGCACACCUCGGUUCCACUUCCAUUCAAGCCGAGAUUCAAGCCUUCACUUGUAUUAUCUGUAUCCACCGUUUGGUAUCCACCACGCAGGUACAACAGGCUUCGUCGGCCUUGCGUCAACUCCGAACACUUGCUACGUUGAGAGAAGGAGUUUGUGGAUGUGGAUUUGUGGAAGGGAAGGCGAGUGACAUUCUGCGUUGGCACCUAUGGUAUCGGAGUUUGUCAGCACGGGAACGACUCUAA